UUUUGGAUACUGAAGAAAAGCCAUCAACAAGACAGAAGCCGUCAGACUUCACAAACUUUUGGGAUACUAGAGUUUUGAUAUGCUCAAUUGCCUUCAACAAAGAGAGAUAAUAAGCUAGAACCUGGUUUGCCCCUUUUACCUUUGAUCUGUUCUCCAUAGCCUUCCAAGGCCACAUUUGGUUUACAAACUUCUUCCACAGCUUUUAAUAUCUCAACAUCUGUACUUAUCUUCCAUGCUGAUCUUGACAUUCCCAUCUUUUCUGUUAGCUUUUCUAUAUAACUCUUUCCUUUUAUCUCACAACUUGUAAUUCACCAUUUGACCUAAAAGAUCUGGAAGAGCAUAUCUAAGGAUACAUCGUAAGAUCAAUAACUUUGCAAGGAUUUUGUCCUCUGUUGGCAUGUGUGGAUAUUGGGCGCAUGAGCAUACAACAACCAACAAGAUUCCUUCAUUUGUAACGACGGAACUUGAAACUGGACACUUUAUAGAAGCACCAUCCAUGAAGCUUCUCUUCAUUUUAGUGUUUCUUGCCACCCUGCUGGAUAGUUGCUAUAGCCUCCAGAACUGUACCAACCCAUGUCACAAGCAUGCAAAAUGUGAAGUUCGCAAUGGAAUCCAUGGCUGUUACUGUAGCCCAGGAUUCACUGGACCUGGCAUAGAUGCAGAUGACAACAGUGGUUGCUAUGAUGAUAAUGAAUGUGCAAAUGCCACACAACUUUGUGGAGAAAAGGCAAACUGUACAAACACUAUGGGAAGCUACUUCUGCAUGUGCAAAGAUGGAUACAAAUCUAGUAAUGGCAACGCAACCUUUGUAACCAAUGAUGGUACUUCAUGUAGAGCAUUACCAACAACAACCUGUGAACUGAACAACUGUAUAACUAAAAACCUUAACCAAACUUUAGCUAAAAUUAGUGAAUUAAAAGAUCCUCUGGCUGUAUUACAAGAAAUCAACAAGAACAGCAUAGGGCCCAUUACACCAGUUGAAGUAAUUUCUUAUGUUGAAAUGUUAUCUGUACCCCUUUCCUUGCUGAGUAUCACAAAUUAUACCAUUUCUGACGAGAAGCUUCGAGAUCAAACUCUUAACGAAUUUGUUAGGACUGUAAAUAAUUUUGUUCAGGAAGAUAAGAAGGCGGCUUGGGAAGCUGUCCCAGCAGACAACAGAAGAAAAAGCCUCACCAAAUUGAUUCAUGCUGCCGAGGAAACAACAGCCUUCCUAUCUCAGAAUUUCCCAAAGAUGGCUGAAGUAGAAGUUAAUGUUAGUGAUAUGGCUGUAAGACUUUAUACUUUUGACACAGAGAAGGUGAACCUCAUCAACCAAAAUACUCAGAUGGGAGGAGACAGUAUUAAGAUCUCUGCAAAGAAGAAGGAAAUAUCUGCUGCUAAAGGCACAGUUGCAGUUGUGUUUCUGCGAUACGACAACAUUGGAGCUCUGCUUUCAUUACCACAGAAUUUGUCCCUGGCAGAAAAUAUAGAGGAUGGAGAAAUAGUAGGUUCAUCUGUUAUAGCUGUUGCAAUUAGGUCCACCCCACCUGGGCUGUAUCCAGCUGAGGAAAUAAUAUUUACUUUAAAACAUGUACAGACUGUGGGCAAAAAGGAUGUUAAAUGUGUAUUUUGGAAUUAUUCAGAAGACACGAUGGAAGGAAACUGGGCCACAGAAGGGUGUGAGAGGACUAACUCCAAUAGCACACAUACGUCAUGCAGUUGUAACCAUCUUACUCAUUUUGCAGUCUUGAUGUCUUCAAAUGGCUCUAAAGUUGAAGCUAAGGAUUAUAUUCUUACAAGAAUCACUCAGCUUGGAAUUAUUAUCUCAUUGAUUUGCCUUGCCAUGUGCAUUUUCACGUUUUGGUUCUUCAGCGAAAUCCAAAGUACAAGAACAACAAUUCAUAAAAAUCUCUGUUGCAGCCUUUUCCUGGCAGAGUUUAUUUUUUUGAUUGGAAUUAAUAUGAACACUAAUAAGCUAUUCUGUUCCAUCACAGCUGGAUUGCUCCAUUACUUCCUCUUAGCGGCUUUUGCAUGGAUGUGUAUCGAAGGCAUUCACUUGUAUCUUAUAGUUGUUGGAGUAAUCUACAAUAAAGGAUUCUUACACAAGAAUUUCUAUAUUUUUGGCUAUGUAAGCCCAGCAGUGGUGGUUGGCAUUUCUGCUGCACUGGGAUAUAAAUACUAUGGAACAACUGAUGUAUGUUGGCUCAGCACAAAGAAUAACUUUAUAUGGAGUUUUAUAGGACCAGCAUGUCUAAUAAUCCUUGUGAAUUGGAUGGCAUUUGGAGUAAUUAUCUAUAAAGUAUUUCGUCAAACAGCUAUGCUAAAGCCAGAAGUUAGCUGCUAUGAAAAUGUCAGAUCCUGUGCACGAGGGGCACUUUCUCUCCUUUUUCUCCUGGGGGCUACGUGGAUUUUUGGUGUGCUCCAUGUCAUCCAGGGAUCAGUGGCUACGGCAUAUCUUUUCACAAUUUUCAAUGCAUUUCAGGGACUGUUCAUCUUUAUAUUUCUUUGUGUGCUGUCACGAAAAAUCCAGGAUGAAUACUCCAGGCUGUUCAGAAAUGUACCUUGCUGUUUUAGAUGCUUGAGGUAAAUUGAUGGAAAGCCAAGAUGAGCAGCACUGUGGAAGGAAACAGAAAACGAGAGGCUUUCGGAAAAAUUGCUAAAUUGUGAAAGUAUGAAAUGAGCUACUGAGCUGUCAUCUCUCUUAAAUCAAUUAUUUUCUCUCUGGUAUAGGUAUUGUACUUAAAUGUGCACUCAGGCACACUAUAUUGUAUACAAAACUGCAUAUCUGUACAAGACAGACUGGUUUAUUGUGUAACAAAUAAGGCUUCUAAAGAUGCCCAGGACUCUUUAGGGCAAACAGCUAAAGCUUGAAAGAGGGAAAAGUGAAUCCAAGGUAUAAAGCUUUUUGUUGUUGUUGUUGACAGACUGACUCUUCGUUUCAUAUCUAAUGCUGGGAAAUGAAAUAAUUUCACUUAUUGCUAUUUAAAGAGAAUACAACCCAUUACAGUGUUUAAAAAAGGCUUUACCUGGGUCAAAAUAUCCUAUCCUGCUUUGAAAGGAGCCAAGUUAAGAAAAUAGCAGUGUGUGCAGUUCUUUAGUUUGGGUCAUAAGGAGAAGGCAUAGAGCAAUUUUGUUAGCUGAAUGUUUAUGGAAAGUUUGCAGACUUCUAUUAGUUGAAGAUCUUUCAGUUGUGACAAUUGUAAGAUGGGUGGACUUCAACUCCCAGAAUUCCUCAGCCAGCCAUGUUGACUGAGAAAUUCUGGGAAUUGAAGUCCACCUGUCUUAAAGUUGCCAAGGUUGGAAAAAACACCUGUCCUAUAAAAUGGUGGUGCAUACUAAUCAUUCCUUGUCCACUUGGAAGUGGAGGGAGAUUCUUUGUGUCUAUCCAUACAGGGCUAAGAGUAUAAAGGAAAUCUGCCCCAUGCAGUUCUUUUAAGUCAAUGAUCUGCUAGUGGAGUUUUCUGACAUGGCAUGGUCAACAGUAAUACAUAGCCUACCAGUAUUCAUUAUUCUCAAAUGUUUUACUCAAAACAACCUACAGUAUCUGCAUAGCAAAGAAAAGGUGGGACUCCUUAUGUUUGACAGAGAUGUGUAUUUAAAGAAAAGCUUUUCUAAUGCAGUACUGCCUUAAAAUAUGCAUUAGGGCAAGGGUCUUCA